AUGGCCUGGAAGACUUUGCUCACGUUGGCUCUAGCCAGCUCUGCAGCCGCCUGCUCGCACCACAAUGACGGCGAGGUUGUGCCCGAGCACGAACGGGCCGAACUGCUGAAGAAGUGGGAUCAAGAAUGGUCGUUCUCUGGAAUUGCCAGUUUCGCUCAUCUGAAGCCCGUCAAGUGUCUCAUUGAGCCGAACGAACACUACGAUGUUGCUAUUAUCGGCGCGCCGUUCGAUACCGCUGUUAGCUACCGCCCUGGCGCCCGCUUCGGACCCCGCGCCAUUCGCGCCGCCAGCGCCCGCCAAAUGGCAGCAACAAGCUAUAACACGCGAGCCGGCAUAAACCCAUACCAAUCAUGGGCCAAGAUCACCGACUGCGGUGACAUCCCAAUCACGCCGUUCGACAACGGGCUCGCCGAGCGCCAAAUGUACGAAGCCUUCCUCGAACUCGGGUCGCGCAAGAUCGUCAACAAAGCGCCGAAAGCCAACGCCGGCAUCGGCGCCACGCACCCCAAGCUCGUCACGCUCGGCGGCGACCACAGCGUCGCCCUGCCCGCCCUGCGAGCCCUCUACCAGAUCUACCAGAAGCCCAUCACCGUGCUGCACUUCGACGCCCACCUGGAUACCUGGAACCCGGUCCGCUACAGCGCCUACUGGCAGAGCGAGCAGACGCAGUUCAAUCACGGCUCGUUCUUCCACAAGGCCAGCCGCGAGGGACUGAUUUGCAAUGCGACGAGCGCGCAUGCUGGUCUGCGCACGCGGCUGACUGGUGUGGAUGCGGGCGAUUAUACGAACCCCGGGCCUGAGCAGGGCUUUAUUCGCAUCCAUGCGGAUGAUAUUGAUGAGCUUGGCCCUAUGGGUGUUGUGGAGACGAUUCUUGCGCGCACGGGUCUGGAUCCCGAGCAGCCGGUGUAUCUGUCAGUUGAUAUUGAUGUUCUGGAUCCUUCGACUGCGCCUGGAACGGGUACUCCGGAGCCUGGUGGUUGGACUACUCGGGAGUUUAUUCGGAUUCUGCGGGGUCUGGAGAAGUUGAAUAUUGUUGGAGCCGAUAUUGUCGAGGUUUCGCCUGCUUAUGAUAAUAAGGGUGAGACCACUGCUCUUGCGGCGGCGCAGGUUGCUUUUGAGAUUAUUACUUCGAUUGUCAAGGCUGGUGUUGAUGAGGAGCUUGGCGGUUGGUAUGGGUGGAUGGAGCAGCUUGAGGCUGAAAAGGCUGCCGAGGAAGUUACCAAGGAUGAGCUUUAG